ACAACAUCUCUGAGCGACACUCGCGCUGCUUCACCUCCUCUGAGCCGCGAACGUCUAAAACGUGAAGAUGGGUAAAAUUAACGGAUGCCUCAAAUGUGUUUUUAUCUUUUUCAAUGUGCUGUUUGCGAUCCUGGGAGGUUUCCUGAUAUAUGGAUUUGUGAGCAUAUCUGGCAGCCAACAGGAGCAGCUCUCAUCAGCUGAUGUGCCAGGCUUGGUUUGGGGUUGGCUGUUAGCCAUCGGCAUCCUCUGCGUCUCCUCCCUGGGAAUCUUUGCCGCCUGCUCUGAGAAACCCAUUGCCCUCAAACUAUUUGCAACCUUCAUGGGGGUUGGAAUGAUCAUCAUGCUGUACAUGGGCAUCAAUGUAGCGAACAGUAGGCCCCAGAUGAUGUCGGAAGUAAAGAAGUACUCUGGUGAAAUAGUGCAGUUCCUCAUGAAACAAAAUGGCAUGACACUUGAGGAGCUGCAGGAAUUUUUGAAAUGCUGUGGAAAAUCAAGCGCUCACGAGUGGGGCAAUCAAAUCCCCGACUCCUGUGGAUGCAAGCCUUCCAGUCCCGGAUAUGGAGGCUACGGAGGAUUCAUCAACGCUGAAUGCACAUCCAGGCCUCAGGGAACCAGAGGCCCAGAUCAAAUCUACACAAUGUCCUGCAGUGAAGUUCUCCUUUGGCUAAUUGACUUCGGCUUCAGCAUCACGUUGGGAUUCCUCUUUGGAUUUGCUGUUAUAGCACUGCUGGGCCUGAUUAUUACCCUCAUCAUGAUCUAUCAGGUCAAAUAUAACGACGAUGCAGGAUCCAUUUACAUGAAGGGCUACUGAACGGAGCCGCCACACACCCGUGUCCUCUGACCUUUAACCUCUGCACUGGGUUACAGUGCAUCAAGAGGAUGCGUGGAAGCAGGAGGCAGAUGGUGAUGUCGCAUGCUGCAGGAUUUUACUCGAGAGAGAACCUGCUGCCUUGCAGGCUUUUUCUUCCAGAUUUCUACUGUACAAAGUGUGGCUUAAAAAGCAAAACAUUUAUGUUUUUGGAAAGCUUUAUAUCUCUUUUGUGUUAUUUGAUGAUGUAGACACACAUUAUAGCAAAGAAUCAGCUCUGGUAACCCGAGGAGGCGGGACCUGAGGAGAGUAGGUUUGAGUGGUUGCAGUGAAAAAGAAAACUAGUUUCAGAGGUUAACUCCAGCUAACAAGCUGCUACAGCUCAUCA